AAUGCCGAUGUUUAGAAUGAUAUCUCGACGAUCUCGGUCGAGUAUAUAAUGGCUGGCGAUUAUUCAAUUACCACAGUUGUCCGUCGACUCUUAACUUUGACACAAGAUGAAAUCCUUCGUAGCAAUCCUCGCCCUCGUGGCCGUGGCAGCCGCCGACGUGUCCCACCUCGCGCGCGUCAACUCUGGUGCCGACCAAGACGCCCAGAUCCUGAGACAAGAAGCCGAUGUCGCCCCAGAGUCCUACAACUACGCUUAUGAGACCAGCAACGGCAUCGCUGCUCAGGAAGCUGGACAGCUGAAGAAUGCUGGCCAAGAGAAUGAAGCCAUCAGUGUUCAAGGAUCCAACUCUUUCACCGCCCCCGACGGCCAACAAUUCUCUCUCCAGUACGUCGCUGACGAAAACGGUUACCAGCCUCAGGGUGCCCAUCUGCCAACUCCCCCCCCAAUUCCAGAGGCCAUCGCCAAGUCCCUGCAGUACCUACAAGCUAACCCCCCUAGGCCUGAGGGCCCAGUCGCCGUCAACUACCAGGCGCAAGCGCAGGCCUACUCCAGACCCAUCCCUGCAAGAUUCACCGCUCUCCAAGGUUAAGAAUAGACGUUCAAAUAAACCAUAGGUACUCAAUUUAUAUCCUUCACUCUCCGUUCUCUAUAAAUUCAAUCAUUCUAGUCGCAGUCUUGAAAUAAAAUACAUAUAAGUAAAUCAUA